AUGAUACGACUUCUUGCUUGUGUCGUAUCUACAACAUAUGGAAUGUGUGUAGUGAGGUUGAAUAAAGUAGAAGAAAAUGGUUGGAUUCAGCAACCACAUCUGCUUGCACAGACUAUCAAAGACGGUGUAAGCAGGCGUGGAUUGGAUCUCGUAAUUUGCAAAUAUGAUGGUGCAAAGUCCGAGGACUUACUGACGUCUAUUCAAUCGUUCUGGUUGUCAUGCGAAGCUGACGAGAUACCAUAUGAAGCCGACGAGACCUUAUGCAACUCGGCGUAUUUCUUUCCGUCCGCUUUCGAAUUAUACAACACGCUCUCCAAAGCAGUCGUCUUUCAAACGCAAUGCAGUAUUGAAACGACAGAUUAA